AUGAAUUCUUUCAAUGAGGAGGAUUCUGAGAAGGCAAUAGAUGAAAGAAGCGAACUGCAGUUGAGUCGUGGUAGUCAGUUUGUUGAAGAUUCUAUCUCACAGCUGCAGAAUUUUGAAGGUAAUUCUUUAAGUUACUCUUGCAGUGAUAAACGAGGAUUAUCCAUCUUACCUGAGAGUGAUGUGUCUUCAAAAGUUGACUCCAGAAAAAAAAAAUUACCCUCUGAGGUUAACCAUGAUGUGCGGGAGUUGUUAUCUGAACGCAGAAAACAUCGGGAGGAAUCGGAAUUGCUGCGGAAGCAGUUAAUUGCAUUACAGAAGCGAAUGGAUAUUGAAGUCUGCAAUAGGAAAGCCAUGGAACAGAAGUUAUCUGUCGCAGAGUCUACGGUCACAAGACAAAAAAAAGAAAUUAUUUUGCUUCAAAGGCAACUCCAAUCCAGUAAUAGUGAAGUUACCGAACGAAGACUCGAGUCUGCUCUUCGAGAAGUAAACUUGUUAAAGUCUAGUUUAGACCAAAUGAAUAGUAAGGCAAAAAUGUCUUCAGAAGAUACUGUUAUUGAGCUUCAAUCUAUUAUUGAUAAACUCUCUGCUGAAAAAAAUGAUUUGGUAAAUUGUUUGCGCAAACAGAAUAAACUCAUAGAUGUUUUGAAACGUCAAAAGCUUCACUUGGAAGCAACUGUACUAGUCGAUCUUACGGAGAAGGAUAUUGAGAAAUAUUUUGAUUUGUUGCGUUAA